GAAGAAACCGGAUGUUGACACUCAAGGUAAACAGAAAAGAGAACCUGCUGGUUGUGCUGCCGCUGAGAGAAAUCCCGAAAUGGAAAGACGUAAUUUUAACUGGUAUUUUAAUAUACCGUCAUGCAUGUGGUUGGGGCUGUAGGCUGCACUGUGUAGAGCAGAACCCGGCCUGGUGCUACUACUGCUGCCGCCGCCGCUGCUUCUGACCCGACCCGGUCCGGCCCAAGCCCAAUGUUCCCUAUGCUAACCCUUCUGAGCAUGUUUUACUAUAUCUGUCUGCGGCGCCGGUCCAGGAGCGGGACCCGAGGCGAGGUUCUGAACAGCCGGAGGGCCAUGGAGUCCAGCCAGAGGUCCCUCCCUCUGAGUGUAGAGGUGGAGCAGUACGCUAAGGAGGUGCUGGACUUCAGCUCGCACUACGGCAGCGAGAACAGCAUGUCCUACACCAUGUGGAACCUGGCUGGCAUGCCCAACGUCUUCCCCAGCUCUGGAGACUUCACGCAGACCGCCGUAUUCCGCAUGUACGGAACGUGGUGGGAGCAGUGCGCCAGUGCGCCCCUCCCCUUCCGCCGGACCGCCCUCUCCUUCCACAGCCAGGACUACAUCGAGCUGGCCUUCGAGGAGCCUGUGUACCCCACCGCCAUCGAGGUGCUGGAGACCUACCACCCCGGAGCCAUCGUCCAGAUCUCGGCCUGCUCACUUAACCCCUUCUCCCAGAACCCACCCGCUGACGUCAGGUGGGAGGUCCUGUGGGCGGGGGAGCCCUCCAAGGCUCUGACCCCCCAGGCGCGGCAGUUCUCCCCCAGCAUCAAGCAGAUCAACUUCGCCACCAACCUGAUCCGGCUGGAGGUGAACAGCUCCCUGCUGGAGUACUACACCGAGCUGGACGCGGUCAUCCUGCGGGGCGUGAGGCAGAGGCCCGUGCUCUCGCUCUAUAAGAUGCCCCUGAUCGACAUCAGCGACUUGAGCGACAGCGAGGAGGAGAGGGAAGCGGCCGAGGCCAUGAGUGGCAAGAGCAGCACGGGAAACGGCUACUUCGACAAACUGCCCUAUGAGCUGAUCCAGCUAAUCGUGAGUCACCUGACCCUGCCAGACCUGUGCCGAUUGGCUCAGAGCUGCAAGCUGCUCCAGCAGCACUGCUGUGAUCCACUGCAGUACAUCCAGUUGAGCCUGCAGCCGUACUGGGCCCGUCUGACUGAUACCUCACUGGGAUACCUCCAAAACCGCUGCACCCUGAUCCAGAGGCUCAAUCUGUCAUGGACCGGCAACCGUGGGGCUGUCACCGCAGCCGGAUUCUGCAGCUUUGUGAAGGCCUGUGGCAUGGGCCUGGUGUGUUUGGAGCUGGCCUGCUGUCACUUCCUCACUGAGGGCUGCAUGGAGGUGAUCGCUCAGACCUGCCCCGCCCUGCAGGAGCUCAGCCUGUCCUCCUGUGACCGGCUUCACCCCCAGGCCUUCGCACACAUCGCCCAGAUGACCUCCCUACGUCGCCUCAUCCUCUACCGCACCAAGGUUGAGCAAACAGCCCUGCUCAGCAUUCUGACCUUCUGUACGCAACUGCAGCAUCUAAACCUGGGGAGCUGUGUGAUGAUCGAGGACUACGACGUGGUGGCGAGCAUGCUGGGCGUCCGCUGCCGCUCGCUGCGCUCCCUGGACCUGUGGCGCUGCAAGAACCUGACGGAGCGGGGCCUGACGGAGCUGGUGAGCGGCUGCGGUCUGCUGGAGGAGCUGGAUCUGGGCUGGUGCUCCACCCUGCAGAGCAGCUCCGGCUGCUUCGCGCAGCUGGCCCGCCGCCUGCCCCGGCUGCGCAAGCUCUUCCUCACCGCCAACCGCACCGUCUGCGACUCGGACAUCGAGGAGCUGGCCGCCCGCUGCCCCGCCCUGCAGCACCUCGACAUCCUGGGGACGCGGAUGGUGAGCGCGGCAUCCUUGCGGAAGCUCCUGCGCUCCUGCCCCCGGCUCCUCCUGCUGGACGUGUCCUUCUGCUCUCAGAUCGAUGCUCGGACGGUCCAGGAGCUCAGCGCCCUGUUCCCCGCCGUUGCCAUCAAGAAGAGCUUCACUCAGUAAGCGCAGCACUGCAGAGACACCAGGAGGGGGCGCUCCAAAGCCUGAGUCAGGCUCCCCGCGACGACCGACAAAGACCAGGCUCAGCAGACAGAUCCCCUUUGGCUAAGGCUGGGGUUAGGGUUCAGCCAUUAACGGAUGAAGACAAAGAGGAGGGAAGGCUGGGAGGUCUCGACUGACCGUUUCAUUUACUGCAAACACGGCUCGACUGCCACAGUUUGCCUCUUUACCAUACUUUAUAGAUUGACUUCUGUGUGGAUCUGAAUCUCAGGGUUGUUUUUACUUUCCUUUGUUUUUUCUUACCUGGAGCAGAUGGACUCAUGUGCUCUGUCUUUCAGAGAGAAGGAUCUGUCAGAGUCUCUCCAUAACACUUUUCUUUUCCACCUUUUUUUAAAAAUGUGAUGAAGACCUUGGAAUUCAGAUCAUGGUCAAAUUAUGAUCAUUUCAGUUCACUGUUUAAGCACUGAUGUUAAAUGUGGGAAAAAAAAUAUAAUUUACCUAUUGGGUGUGAAUGAUAUGAUGCAUAUUGUUAUAAUUUUUAUUAUUUAUUAAUCUCGUAAUGGCUUCUUGAACAUGUGCCGGUAUGUACAGAAUCGGAGGUGCAAAUCCAACUGUGACCUGCUGUUAUGACGUGUACUGUGCCUUAUAUUGAUUGAUAUCUGACUGAAUGUGGUGUAGUUUUGCCGUCUGCUUGUAGUCAUGAUUACACUGCAACAAGUUUGCCCUGCACUCUACCAAAGCAAUAGGCAGGUCACACUUAGAAUGCCUCAUUUGCAAAGAACUAUACUGUGACAUCAUAGAAAUCAAUGUCACAGACUGCCUAUGCAGGAGAUAUUGUUGUUAGAAAUGAGCUCUUCAGCUAUUUAUAAAGAAUGGAACAAACCCCGAAGUUCUACCUGUGGCCAAUGGACCCUCUUUAUGAGCAGUUUUAGUGUGUCGUGUUCCAAAGGUAAACUGCAGUGCGUUGGAGUGACGGGAGAUGAUUUCCUCAGGUAUAUAUAUAUUAAUAUAAAUGUGCUACAGCCACAUAGACUUUAUACAUACAUGCACACACAAGAGAACACUAACACAGAGACAAAUGCAGGAACACGCUAACACACACACAGAUGCAGAGGAUCAGAAAACACGCACACACACCUCCCUUAGCGGAGGGGUAAAAAGCUCCAAAUGAGGAGACGUUUUUUUUUGUUUUUAUUAUUGGAUUUAAGUGCUUUGAUUUUAAGUAAGCAAAAAAGUAUUCUCUUUGUAUUUGCUAUCGCAAUGAUUGUCAUUUCCUGUGUUUUUUUGUUUGUGUGAGAAUCUUUUGUGCCAUGUGUAGGUCAGAAAGUGAUGUAAUUCAAUUCAAAUUUUGUUAAAAGGUCACAAGUGAGAACGAGCUCCAGUCACUAUAGAACGAUAACCAUUCAGCAGCAUCUGAAGACCGGGGAGAAAGAAGGUUGUUGGUUUUAAUAAAGCGCUGGCGGGCAUUGUCUCAGUGUCGCAGGUUAUGAUCCUGUCCUCUCUUUUACUGCGCUGCAGUGAUGGUGUUAAAACUCAGCCCUCUCUCACAAACCUGCUGACCUGAGAGAGGCAUCACUCCUUUGCUACAUGCACAGAGCACCUCUUCCUGCACCAGCAUUUGCUGUAUCAGAGCUGGGGGUGUUUACGAUUGUGCUCUUGAGUGAUCACCAUGAAUAAGUGAUGCCUCUCUCUAUUUCCUGUUAAAGUUUGUACAUGUAAUGUCUUUAUUAAGAGGAACUUUAAGCCCUCAACUCAGUUUUAUGAUCCAUUUGUCCACCUUCAAUUUGGAAUAUAUACUUAUAUAUUCCACCUUCUUUAUUCACUUCAAAGUAGUAAUCAUAAUGGAUAUGUUUUGCUUUUAUUGUAUUGCAGUUUCCCCCUUCCUCUCUGUCCAACUCUGUCUUCAGUUUAAUGCCAUGGUAAGGAUCACAUAAAAUACUAACUCACACACAUCCAAAUUGUUGAUGAAAGUCCAGGACAUAAAGCAAUGUAGGUUAAGGCAGAGUCCUCAGCCUGCCUCCCAAAACAAUCAAAUCACUUAGAAUUUGUUUUAAAAUACACCACAACCUGGUUAACAUUUCAACCCUGACAGAAUCCCAGCACAGGCCAAAACGAUCGUAUUGUGGUGUGUAAUAGAAUGAAUUGUUAGUUAUUUGUGAGGUAACGUGGGGUGGGGUGGAGACUCUUAUUGCCUUUACCCAAUGAUGAUAAUCAUGAAUUGCUUUAAUGUGCUACUUUUUCAAGGUGCAACUCUGCACAAGCACCACCAAAGUACUGUGUUGAUAAGAUGGUUUUAUAUGAGCUGUUAACGCAAAAUAGGAAUUUACAAGAAACUGAAUAGCACAAACACUAUUUUAGGGUGCGACAGAAAAUGCAUCUAGUUUUUUGUGAUUUUAUUUUUUCCCAAGAAUUUUCUAUUGUAUUGAUUUACGUUUAAGAUUAAGGCUUGAGAGGGGCUGGUUGUAGUUAAAAAUGUUAGUGAUUAGCUGGUUAAUUAGAUGACUCAGUGUGAUGAUUACUGUAACAGGGAGACAAUACUUCGGGGAAACUGUUCCCUCAUUAGAUAUUUCCACAGGUUGAGCAUUAUUUUUUGAGUGGUAACAUUUACGAGGUAAUAUGUUUUUUGGUGCAAACAUUAGAAUCUACAGAAUUUGCAUGCAACGUUUCAAUUAGUUUAUAUUUACAGUGAUCUUGUUAGUGGUUUAGUAAUACAUUGGCAAUUAUUUUUGGCAAUAUUCUGAUGUUUAUUUUUAUUUUAAGCCUUUCAGUUCGCUCAGUACCUAGAUAAAGCUCCCUGGUGCACUAGCUGUUAUUGCAAAAUGCAGAGUGUAGAUAAUUUUUUGUUUGCACAAAUAUGGCAUCACGUGUGGGGUAUCUGGAUCCCUGACACCUUGCCUUUUUAAUCUUUUUAUUUGGUGCCAAAGCAUUGGUGUGAUGGUAAUCUAGAAGAGUCAGGUUCCACUGUGGUUCUUGUUCAGUAGGUGACAGUAGAACGCUGUCUUUUGCUCAAGUCAAGACUAACAUUCGUAUUAAGCUGAGUGAAACCUGACUGAGUACAAUUCCAGCCUCUGGCACUUAACCCAUUAAUGUUGAACUGUGUAGCUGCUGGUGUCUGAAUCCACAUCUUCAUAUGAAGAAUAUGUUUUCUUAUACACUCUUUCUCUGACUGCGGAUAUUUAAGUAAUUAGCAUUUUUCCCCUUACACAUGAAUUACAAUAAUAUGUAUUUAUUACAAUUUAAAUCACUCUUCUAUUAAGUCAAUAAACAUGGACACAUUUUUC